UUCGAAGUCUUCUCUGUGUGCUUCUACUCCGCCUCUUCCGGAAGCGCUCAUGGCGCGCUGACGUCGGUGAGGAAGGCGUUGCGGUCCGCGCGAGCUACAGAACGAGCGAAGGGAAUCAAGAUGGCGGACCUCGAAGACGUUACGCUGGACGGGAGGCCGCUCCAUUCGCUUCGGGUGGCGGAUUUGAAGGCGGCAUUGGAAGAGAGAGGGCUUCCGAAAAGCGGACAGAAGAAUGCUCUCAUCAAGAGGCUCAAAGGGGCUCUCAUGUUGGAGAACCUUCAGAAAACCUCCACUCAUCACAUUGGCCUGCAGCCUAACUCCCGGAUUGGGGAGGAAAUGAGUCAGAACAGCUUCAUUAAACAGUACCUGGCCAAACAGCAAGAGCUUCUGAGGCAGCGUUUGGAGAGGGAAGCACGAGAGGCAGCUGAAACUGAUGGAACAGACCAUGAAGACCACGCAGAGGCCAAUGACAGUAUUUGUGCUGCCCCUAACCAGGAUGUUGCUCCCUCCUUAGUUGACCAACACAAAGGAGGUACAGCAGUGGCUGGGGGAUUUGGGGUGACUGCGAGUGAGAGUGAUGAGCUCAGAGAAAAAGAAACGCCUGGGCAGCCGUCCCCCUCUGCACCAUCCCAGCCUGGCGCAAUAGCCUCUUUGUCAGUGCGGGUUGUUGGUGAAAGAGGACCAACAUCAAGCCAUGUACCGGCUGACAGUGAUGAUGACAGUGAAGGCGGGGAUGACAAUGAUGACGAGGAGGAGGAGUGGAACGCCAGUGCUCAACGGAGUCGUCGAGCACAGCCUCCAAAAAGCCAACCGGUGAGGGAAAGAUCUGGUGGCUCGCAGCAACAGCAGCAGCCGCCCCCCCAACACAUACCUUUACUAUCACAGCAGCUCAGACAGCCCACUCCUCCCCCAUCCCCUCCUCCUGAACUCUCUUUUCCACUCCCAGACACCCCUAAACAGAGCCCCCCUAGUCCUGGAGAGCCCCCAUCUAGGCAGCGUAUAUCUAGCUCUUCGAGCUCUGGUAGUUCCAGUAGUGACAGUCGUAGCAGUAGCCCUGAACCAGCAGGCGACUCCACAGAACGCAGACCAGGCCCACUGACCUUACUGGCACGCAAGAUGGCAUCUGAGGGAGCUUUCUCUGGGGCAGGAAAGCGUGAUAGGGAGGGAAUGGAUGGACAGAGAAGCCACCAUGAGGGAGUUGUGUCUGCAAUUACUCACACAGCUAAUGCAGCGUCAGUUUUGUCAUACCCUAGUUCAGUGAUCUCCAACCAAGGUGUCAGUGUCGUUAGAACAGCGGUGGUGGAAGAGAGUGAUGGCAUGAAGCAGGAUGAGGGUAGCCAUCUUUUAUGGGAGCAAGAAAACGAAAAGAGGGAAAGGCAACGAGAACAAGAGAGACUGAAAGCCCUAGAAAAGGAGAGAGAGGAAAAGAAGGCAGUGGAAGAAGAGCGAGCACGAGUUUUGGAACAGGAAAGACAGGAACGUGAAGAAGCUCUGAAACGCGAGAGGGAAAGGGCUUUACAGCGAGAAAGGGAAGAGAAGGAAAAGGCCUUACAGCGGGAGAGGGAAGAGAGGGAGAAGCUUGAAAGAGAACAAGCACUGGAAAGAGAACGACUCGAGAGAGAACAAGCUCUGGAACGAGAGAGGCAAGAAAAGGAGAGACUGGAAAAAGAGAAGCAGGAAGCUUUAGAGCGGGAGAGGCUGGAGAAAGAAAGACAAGAACGAGAAAAAGCCUUAGAGAGGGAAAGACUCGAGAAAGAAAGACAAGAACGAGAACAAGCUCUAGAGAGGGAGAGAUUAGAGCGAGAGAGGCUUGAGAAGGAAAGACUAGAAAGAGAACAAGCUCUAGAGAGGGAGAGAUUGGAGAGGCGGCUUGAGAAGGAAAGACAAGAACGAGAACAAGCUCUAGAGAGGAAAGGUUGGAGAGAGCGGCUUGAGAAAGAAAGACUAGAACGAGAACAAGCUCUAGAGAGGAAAGGUUGGAGAGAGGCGGCUUGAGAAAGAAAGGCAAGAACGAAAACAAGCUCUAGAGAGGAGAGAUUGGAAAGAGAGAGGCUUGAGAAGGAAAGACAAGAACGAGAACAAGCUUUAGAGAGGGAGCGACUGGAAAAAGAGCGGCUUGAGAAGGAAAGACAAGAACGAGAACAAGCUCUGGAACGAGAGAGGCAAGAAAAGAACAAGCUCUAGAGAGGAGAGAUUGGAAGAGAGAGGCUUGAGAAGGAAAGACUAGAAAGAGAACAAGCUCUGGAACGAGAGAGGCAAGAAAGGAGAGACUGGAAAAGAGAAGCAGGAAGCUUUAGAGCGGAGAGGCUGGAGAAAGAAAGACAAGAACGAGAAAAGCCUUAGAGAGGAAAGACUCGAGAAAGAAAGACAAGAACGAGAACAAGCUCUAGAGAGGAGAGAUUAGAGCGAGAGAGGCUUGAGAAGGAAAGACUAGAAAGAGAACAAGCUCUAGAGAGGGAGAGAUUGGAGAGAGAGCGGCUUGAGAAGGAAAGACAAGAACGAGAACAAGCUCUAGAGAGGGAAAGGUUGGAGAGAGAGCGGCUUGAGAAAGAAAGACUAGAACGAGAACAAGCUCUAGAGAGGGAAAGGUUGGAGAGAGAGCGGCUUGAGAAAGAAAGGCAAGAACGAAAACAAGCUCUAGAGAGGGAGAGAUUGGAAAGAGAGAGGCUUGAGAAGGAAAGACAAGAACGAGAACAAGCUAUAGAGAGGGAGCGACUGGAAAAAGAGCGGCUUGAGAAGGAAAGGCAAGAACGAGAGAGGCAAGAAAAAGAACAAGCUCUAGAGAGGGAGAGGCAGGAGAAAGAAAGGUUAGAAAGAGAGCAAGCUUUGGAGAGAAAGAGACUGGAAAGAGAAGCUGAAUUGGAGAAAGAGAGACAAGAAAUGGAAAGGGCCAAAGAACAGCAAAGGCUGGAGAAAGAGAGGGCUGAAAAAGAAAGACAUGAAAGAGAAGCCGCUCUGGAACGCAAGAGGCAAGAGCGAGAGAGGCUUGAGAAAGAAAAAGCUUUGGAAGAGGAACGGUUGCAGAAGGAACAAGCUCUUGAGCGUGAGAGAGAAGCACAGAGAAAAGCAGAGGAGGAACGAAAGCGAGCUUUGGAAAAAGAGAAAGAGGAGCAGCAGAGAGCCUUGGAGGAAAGGGAAAGACUUUUGGAGCAAAAAAGAGUACAGGAGGAAAAAGAAAAGGCUUUGAAACUUGAAAAACAGGAGGAACAUGAGAAAGAAAGAGAAAGCCAUCUUCCUCCGUGGAAGCGUGGUCGUGAUAUCAGUGGUCUCUCCUAUCCAGCGGCCCAUCCUGCUUCUCUGGAGAGUCCAAAGGAGAAGCCCAACAAGAGUGAGACUGGUGAACCUCAGAGCGCUGAAAAAGAUGCUCGAUCUACAGAGCCUGUCCCACAGCAGUCACCCACGAUUGCAACACCACUAUCCCCUCAAUCCUCUUCAAAGAAGUCCCGCUUCCUCAGAGAUGCUCCUGUGACAACUCUUCUCCCUUCCUCUCCGACGUCUGUGCUGAAGAGACCUCGUACUUUCUCAGACAGCCCCAUGCCACAAGCCCCCUCAAUUCCAUUAAUAUCUAAGCCUGAGGAAAAAGAUGCUUCUCAGGCUCCUCAAACAUCAGUCCUUGCUUCAGCCCCCAGUGAGCUUGAGAGCAAGACCCCCAAGGUGCCUGCAAAACAACAUGCACCACAAGAGGAAGAGAAUAUGGAGACGUCUGAGGAUAGUGAGGCAAGCAAAGACAUUAAACAUAAGACACUCAGAAGAGUGGAUGAGGAGAAACCUCCUUCAGAGGAGAAGAAAAGAGGAAGAGAAAGGGAGAAGAAAGAAAGAAAAUCAUCAUCCUCCAGCGACUCUUCCUCAUCCGACUCGGAUUCUGGGUCUUCAUCCUCCUCACGCUCCUCCAGUUCAUCAUCGGAUGAGGAGGAGAAAAGUCAUUCCACUUCAGGUGGUAGGAAGUCUAAAAAGGUCCAGAAAGAGGCCACAGAAAAAAUUGUGGCUGAAAAGCCUCCUACAGCCCAACGCAAAAAACGAGUCUUCACAGAGCAGGAGGAAAAAGACAUGGGCAAUGAGGAUAUCAUCCAAACCAAGAAACCCUGCCUUGAACUACAAGAUGAGAAGGUAACAAGGGGAAGAAAGGACGAGAUUGAAGAUGACGACACUAACAAAGACACUACCAGUAGUGAGGUGAAGGAGGCUGUCAUGGCAGAGCCUGAGAAGGUUCCAGAGAGCAGUGAGGAGAGCACCACGCCAAAGACCUUCUCCGCCCGAAGGAUUUCUCUCGGCAGCAGCAAACAGUCUCCUGGGGUGGUGAGUUCGGAAGGGGAAGCGGAGGCCGCAAGCAGUGCUGGCGCUGGCAGGAAGAGGAGAUGGGGCUCCAGUACAGCGGUCACUGCCAAGAAACCCUCCAUCAGUAUCACCACAGACUCUUUGAAGUCUUUAAUACCAGACAUCAAGCCUGCCUUGGGUCAGGAGGCAGUGUUAGACCUGCAUCCAGAGGAGAUGCAUCUCUCUGGGGAGGAGGAAGGAGGAGAGAGGGGCGACCAAGACCUGAAAAUUAGACGAACUGUAACACAGGUUGUACCCUCUGACACACAAGAGAAUGGACAGAAAGAAUCUAAAAGAAGUGAACUUGAAGAUGAGGAAGAAAGAAGUGAAGGGCAGGAUAGACUUAGCCAGGAGGAAAAAAUUGAAGGCUCGAUUCAGGUUUCCAUGGAGACGGAGCCGUCGUCCCCUGGGCGAGACGUUGAUAUGAAGACAGUUACUCCCAGUGACACACUGAUCCGUCGUUCCAUUAGCCAGCAGAAGUCGGGUGUGAGUGUCACUAUUGAUGACCCAGUCCGCACAGCCAAACAGCCGUCACCUCCUCGUGGCAAGCUGUCUAACAUUGUCCAUGUCUGCAACCUGGUGAGGCCGUUUACCCUGGGGCAGUUGAAGGAGCUGUUGAACCGCACAGGGACUGUAGUGGAAGAAGGUUUCUGGAUUGACAAGAUUAAAUCUCACUGUUACGUCACAUACUCUAGUGCGGAAGAGGCGAUGGCCACUCGUACAGCACUACAUGGGGUUAAGUGGCCCCAGAGUAACCCCAAGUUCCUCAAUGUUGAUUUCUGCAUGCAAGAGGAGUUGGACUUCCACAGGGGUUUGGGUCCAGCAGGAGAAAAGCCAACAGAGGAGCCUCGUGGGGUGGUAGCCGCUGGGCCUGGCCGUCCAGUACCCCUGCCUCUCCUUCCAGAGCGCGAUCAGUGGGCAGAACGAGAAAGGGAAAUGGAAAGGAGGGAGAGAACGCGUGCAGAGAGGGAAUGGGACAGGGAUAAAGUGAGGGACUUCAGCAAACCUGGAGAGGAGCGGGAAGCUGGGGCCAGAAGAUCGCGUUCACGAGAUCGUGAAAGGCGGCGCAAGGAAAGAGGAAAGAGCAAAGAGAGGAAAACGGAUAAAAAGGAAAAAGGACCAGAGGAUCCACCUGCUAAACUGCUUGAUGACCUCUUCCGCAAAACCAAAGCGGCUCCAUGCAUAUACUGGCUCCCCUUGACUGAGGAGCAGGCGGCACAGAGGGCAGCGGCUCGUGCCGAGCGCAUGAGGGAAAGAGAGAAGAGGAGGAAGGAGAUGGAAGAGGAGGAUAAGAAACGUGAGGAGGAGCGACGAGAGAGGAUGAAGACUGGCGGAGCCACCGGAGGGGAAGGUGAGAGAGACCGUGACAGAGAACGAGAACGAGACCGAGACAGAGGUCGGGAAAGGGAGCGAGAGGGGGAUAAACGGAAGGAGGGAUACCGCAGGCCUGGCGGAAACAGUGCAAGCGGGAGCAGGAGGUCACGAAGCCGCAGCGACCCACCGCCCAGAGAUCGACGACACUAAGGGAAGUCUGGAACUGUCCAGUUUGUGACCCCUGUUCCUGUAUGUGCUGUAACAGCUCUAUGCCUACCUUCCUGAGGACCAACUCAGACUUUAUAAAAACACACACAUACACACACACUCUGCGUAAAGACACACGGGUGCACACACACACACACAUUGGGACCACGGUGGUGCUGUGUCUCCAUGUAGACUCUUCUCGUUGUCUCUUGACUGGGCUUUAAGACUCCUGGUGUUCAUUUCCCACCACAGUGUUAAUGGACUUCUGGUAUAAAUGGGUCGGACUGCAAGACAUCCUCCUGGUUUGGUGACAUUCUCUUUCUCCUUCAGUGUGGUGUCGACACGGAUCUGAAAGAGAUGCUCUGAAAGCCUUGGCGUGAUUUAAAUCCUGAUCACUACUUUACGUUCGCCUCUUGUUUUCCUCACAUUCCUUGUACCUUUUUUUGUCCCGUAUUGUCUGCCUUUUACCACCCCUUUGCUGUUAGCAGGUUGCCAUGGAGAAUGGGAUGCAUAUUUAACCUUUUCACAUUUGGUUUUUAAUUUUUUUAUCGUUUUAGCAUUAAAGCUGAAAUUUUGUUUUCUUUUAAUUUUUUUGUUUACUCCUGUAAGUGCUGAAUGUACAAAUAAUAAAAAGGUUACAUCUAAGAACUGA